AUGAAAGAAGACAAGAGCCAAGAAGAAAGUAUAAAAGAAGCAGUUGCAGUUGAAGAAGAAAAAGCUGAAAAAGAAGCAGUAGUAGUUGAAAAAGAAGGCAAGGAAAAGGAGGAGAUGGGAAGAAAAAAAGAAGCUGAGGGAGAAAAGGAAGUCCAGAAAGAAGCAGCUGUUGAAGGUGUAGGAAAAAAAGAAGGUGAGAAAGAAAAACAAGAUGGGUUCAUGGAUAUCGUUGAUGAAAUCAACAACACCUAUGCUGAUGAGGAGGAAAUUUUUCGAAAAAGACAUUUGAAUUAUUUUAUUGUUAAUGUGUUGAAUGAUCUGUUUGGUAGGAUAUUUGAAACUCUCUUUUAUUUCAUAGAAUGUUUAGCUAAUCUUUCGUAUACUUCUUUCAUAGUCUAUCAUUACCAUGCUGCUCCAUUUUAA